AUGAACGACAGUCUUGUCAACCCUCCACUCCUCCAUAUCAACCACAACAACCAGCAAUACCACCAACAAGACCAAGAUUUGUCUUUUACAAACACCGAAUUCCAAGAAACUACCAAUGUGGUCGGACCUUUUGGAAUCACAGACGAUCAAGUCUUUUCACUUCUGUCACAAUGUCAGGAUAUCAUUUCCGAACUAGAGAAUCGUGUACUUGAACUAGAGACAGAUCUACACACAAUCCACGAAAGGCACAAUCACAAUAGAAGCACCUGGGAAUCGAUCGAGCAUCCAAAAGACCGCUCGGAUAUUCAAUUGAAAUCACGAGUAGAUCGAAGUCGAGUCUAUAAUGAAUUACCAUCCUCAGCAUCCUAUAACUAUUCUACCUACUAUCAGUAUCGACAUCAAUCUAAACGGGGUUCUUUGUUCAAGCAAUCUACUAAAGUCUGCUUCGCUAAAAAAAGUAUCUUGAAAUCCUGUGAGAUCUUCACGUCAGCUCAGAAAGGAGUCGGGUCAUCCAAGGGUCUCACACAUUCCACCAAACUCUCUUUUGAUGGUGACAUUCGCUUACCUGAUCUAUCAUAUUCACCAUCAUCGUUAAUCUUAUUAUUCCACAAAAGAAAAGAAGAUUUGUAUUCUGCCGCAACCAUUGUACCCUCAAUUCUAGAAUCAAAAGUGCCCACGGAAACAUGGACACCUCUCCAAAAUGUUCAUACUUCUACAAAAGACAACACAGAACAUUGUUUACCAGAACAAGAACAAAGAGUGUCUUUAGAUGAAAUCUAUAAACUGUCGUCAGGACAACCACAAUCACCAUCCCAACCACAAACUAUCUGUCCCGAAAGCGGCAUGCCAGGAGCCUGGAAGUUGCACGUCCCAGAAAGUCCGAGUCGGUCAUUCAAAAACUUGUGCGAGGAGCCAAUGAAGAAUAACAUACUUGGCUGGCCAUUAUUAUUAUUAUUCUUAUUGACAAAAGACAAAGAACGGCCGAGAAACCCUUACCUGAUGAACCAGACGACCACGAGGACAAGGCGCAAUUUCGACCGGGCAAUUUCCAAAGGAAAAGGUUGCUAUAUGCAACGUGCUCAUGAUCAUGAACAUGAAAAUGAACUAGAACUAGAACUUUCAAGCCAUACACAAUCCCAACAUCUUUUGACAUGGCCUCAUGUGGGGUCGGGGUUGGAGCACAAUAAUCCUGGGCACCCCUUUUCAUUCGAUGAGCCCGCGACGUUUGACAGCCGUUCAUCCGAGAAUACCAAAGAUGACAGGGUUUCCAGGAUGGAGUUCCCACCCAAUGGCUUUUAUCUCAACGAAUUGAUUCCCAAGAAACCUAAUCACCGGCCACUGCACAACUACCUACUUGGCUUAUGUUUGUUUGACACAAAGAGGCUGUGGCUAUCUUAA